UUUGUUCCUGCACUUUUUCUUCCGUCAAACGCUUCGAGGUUCCGACCGCUCGCCGCGGAUCCUGAUCGACCCGAACGGCUUUCACCCGCUUAAAUAUCGACCGAGGAGGCGCGGGGGGCUUCGCUCUGAGCGGAGCGGGCGCCUUUUAGCUCGACCCCGGCCGGCCGGAGCGCCUGGUGAUGUCCGAGGUCCGCCGGGCCGGUCCGCUGCGCAGGUUUGGAACGCGCGCCAUUUUGUAAAAUUUACACAAAAAAGGAAGAAGCGGCUGGAGGAGGAUGAGCUCUCCCCGGAGAGACACAGCCAGCGCGCCGCCACUCCACAGCUCGCUUUCGGUGAAUAUGCGCUUCGGACCCGCCUGUCUCGCAACGUUAUUACGUGACGCGCGUCACUGACAGUCGAUGCCUGUGAGGCGGAGGGUCAAAAUGUAGCUGCGUCUCUGCGGCCGGAUCGGAGAAGUUUGUGUUGACGGAGGCUGUUUGAGUUUGACGGAGAGAGAGAGAGCGAGAGCGAGAGCGAGCGAGAGAGAGAGAGAGGCGCUGUUGAUUCGGAAAGGAGUUGACACAAAGUCAAACGACUCAGGGUUUUUUUUUUUUGAAGCUUCAUCGGACAAUUAAUACGCGGGAUCGGAAUAGAGGAUAUCGGAUUUUAUCACAAGGAUCGGUGUUGUGUUUUUCUUUCUUUCUUUUUUUUUUUUUUCUAAAAAAAACCCUAUGAGGAUAUUUUCUCUCAUCCGUAGAGGGGCGCGUAGCAACAAGAUCCACACCAAUGAUUGUGCAAGUUGAAGAGAAGUCAGAACAUCAAAAGUUAAAAGACCCUGCUGAGGCUCCAGGGUUGUUCUCACAUAGAAACCACUUGCAAGUUGGUUCAGUGUGCUGUGGUUUGCAGAUGGACUCCCCUGCCAGGAUGAUAUGAGAUCUGCCAGAGGACGAUGCAUACAGGAGGAGAGACCUCAGCAUGCAAACCCUCGUCUGUUCGGCUUGCUCCUUCAUUUUCGUUCAAUGCGGCAGAUGUGCAGAUGGCUGCGCAGACGCCCCAUUCUCACCCGCCGUUCAGUGACGGCCACCAGCCGAGCGCUGACCCGCCGGCCCCUGUGCUGCCCUACGGCCCACAGGCCCCGCAGCUCAACACCACCCAGGUGACUGCUGAUGUGGUGAUGUUACAAAGGCGGAUCCCCCAGUGCUUUCGGGAUCCGGCCACAGCUCCCUUAAGAAAACUCUCCAUUGAACUGAUCAAAACCUACAAACACAUCAAUGAGGUUUACUAUGCAAAAAAGAAGCGGCGUCACCAACAGGGCCAGGGGGAAGACUCCAGUAAUAAGAAGGAGAGGAAGAUCUACAAUGACGGUUAUGACGAUGACAACUUUGACUACAUCGUUAAAAAUGGCGAGAAAUGGAUGGAUCGCUAUGAAAUUGAUUCAUUGAUAGGCAAAGGAUCCUUUGGACAGGUUGUGAAGGCCUAUGACCGCCUUGAGCAGGAGUGGGUUGCCAUUAAGAUCAUAAAGAAUAAAAAGGCUUUUCUGAACCAAGCACAGAUCGAAGUACGGCUCCUGGAGCUCAUGAACAAGCAUGAUACUGAGAUGAAGUACUAUAUAGUUCACCUGAAACGUCACUUCAUGUUUCGGAACCACCUAUGUCUGGUGUUCGAGAUGCUGUCCUAUAACCUGUACGACCUACUGCGGAACACAAAUUUCCGCGGUGUCUCCCUGAACUUGACGCGGAAGUUCGCACAGCAGCUGUGCACAGCGCUGCUCUUCCUGGCCACGCCUGAACUCAGUAUCAUCCACUGUGACCUUAAGCCCGAGAACAUCCUGCUCUGCAACCCGAAGAGAUCCGCCAUCAAGAUUGUCGACUUUGGCAGCUCCUGCCAGCUGGGACAGCGGAUAUACCAGUACAUUCAGAGCCGCUUCUACCGCUCCCCAGAGGUGUUGCUUGGCAUGCCAUAUGACCUGGCUAUAGAUAUGUGGUCGCUGGGCUGCAUCCUGGUGGAGAUGCACACUGGAGAGCCUCUGUUCAGCGGAGCAAAUGAGGUGGACCAAAUGAACAAAAUAGUGGAAGUUCUGGGGGUCCCUCCCAGUCAUAUACUGGACCAGGCGCCGAAAGCGAGGAAGUUUUUUGAGAAGAUGUCUGACAACACGUGGUGUGCAAAGAAGACCAAAGAUGGCAAACGGUAUAAGCCAGCGGGCUCUCGUAAGCUGCACAAUAUUCUGGGUGUGGAGGCAGGUGGUCCAGGUGGGCGCCGAGCGGGUGAGUCAGGCCAUGCUGUUGCAGACUACCUGAAGUUCAAGGACCUGAUCCUGCGAAUGUUGGACUAUGACCCUAAGAGCCGCAUCCAGCCCUACUACGCCCUGCAGCACAGCUUCUUCAAAAAGACAGCUGAUGAGGGCACCAACACCAGCAGCAGCGUGUCCACCAGCCCAGCGCUGGAGCAGUCUCAAUCCUCCGGAACCACCUCCAGUACCUCCUCCAGCUCAGGAGGGUCUUCUGGAACUAGCACCAGUGGACGUGCCCGCUCUGAUCCCACGCAUCAGCACCGGCUCAGUGGAGGCCAUUUUAGUGCUGCAGUAGGCAUGGACUGCCACAACCUCUGCCCUCAGGCGAGGCAGGCGUUCGCACCCGCCCUGGGCUGGGUUGGUGGAGACGGGCUUCAGCAGGCCGCAGGAGAGACUCACCCUGUCCAAGAGACCACCUUCCAUGUGCCUCCCCACCAGCCCAAACCCUUGCACCCCCACAGCUCCCACCACCACCAUCACCAUCACCACCACCACCAUCACCACCCCCAGCACGGGCAGGGCCCGGCUCGGCCGCGGCCCAGACUGUAUUCGCCCUCGCACAGCGCCUCCACGCAGGACUCCAUGGAGGUGUCACACGGCCACCUGUCCAUGACCUCCCUGUCUUCCUCGGCCUCCUCCUCAUCUACGUCCUCAUCGUCCACCGGGAACCACCACCAGGCCUACCAGAGCCGCCCGCUGCCGCUCGGCCUGGGCUACAGCCACCCCGGUGGAAUGAGCCUCGGCCUGGGUGCCUUCUCCAACCCGCGCCAGGAGACGGGCAUGGCAGGACAUCCCUCCUACCCGCUUGCCACGAACUCGGGCCCGGGCCACUACAUAGCAGAGACACACAUGGGCCUGCGUCAGGGCCUGGACCGAGAGGACUCGCCCAUGGCCGGAGUGUGCGUGCAGCAGAGCUCUGUGGCCAGCUCCUGACUACGCUGAGAACGCUUUUUCCUCUGUGUGUGUGUUUUUAAAACGCUGGUGUUUUCAAAAAAAGUGCAUAGAGAUUAAAAGCUGCUGUAAAGAGAAGGGAGAUGAUGACUGACGCUGUAGCGCCGAGCCCCCCACCCACUCCCCAACCCCCCGCGCCACGCGCAUUCAAACUCCCCUCUGCUCACUGCUGGAGGCCUCUGUUUCAGUCAUUUACCAUUUUUGCUUGGAACAUUUUCAAGUGAAAUUUGAUUUUAUUAUAAAGGAGAAAAAGAAAGUUUCGUAUGUUUUCACCUAUUCCUUUUCAUUCAACUCUUUUUAAUUGCUUAUUAACAUAUGCACCUUCCUGACAGCCGUGAGAUUAGGUUUCUAUUUAAGGUCUGGGAGAAGGUCCAGUGGUCGGGGAGACAGACGUUCUCUGCCCGUAGUCACCGGUAAAGCAAUGCGGCAUCCAUCAUCUCCAACGGUUACUCUUACGAACGCCAUCUUUGUUUUGUUUCUCAGCAGGCUCGUUUUUUGAACGUUUUUUCUUCAUGUUGUGCAAUUCUAUGCUUUUGAGUUCAGCUUUCAGAGCAGCAGCAUUAGAGAGCGCAGGUGCGCCAUGUGGGUCUCACCUGUAGAGAGCGCAGUUUGCAAGUCUCUCCCCUUAAAGAGCGCAAGCGUGUGGGUCUCUCAAAUUCAGUGGUGCAGUUUGUUAGUCUCUCCCCUAGAGGGCUGUCUGUGGGUCCCAGAGCAGCAGCAGCAGUGUGCCAGUGUUAAAAGUUUAGUGAGGAGCUCUAAAGUGGGCAGUGGAGCGGGCAGAAGCCUGGUACUGGGCAGCGGUGGACAGCAAGUUUGAAAUAUGGCCUUAUCACGCACUGAAUGAAAAGAAGCUGGACGUUACCCUUAAAGUAAAAAAAAAAAUAGCUUUCCUGUAUUUUUUAAGUCUGGAG